AUGUCCAACGCCGAAGUGGACGAGAGAGCACCGCUGCUCGCCCAGGAGAGGGCCGCAUCGUCACAAUCCGGAGCAGACACGCUUGAUGAGGAUGAAGUGUCACAUGUAGCAUUCUGGCUGGUCUUGUCCAUUCUGUUGGCGGGAAUCUUUCUUUCCAAUGUGGUCUCUUCUGUUGUGAUAGCAACCACCCAGAAUAUUGCAUCUGAGUUUGAUGCCUUGUCGUCUGCCGCGUGGCUGUUGACAACUUACACGCUGGCUCAAUCUGCGAGCCAGCCAUUGUACGGAAAGCUAUGCGACAUAUACGGACGAAGGAACUGUCUUAUUUUUUGCUGGAUCGUCUUCGGUCUCGGGUGUCUUCUCGUUGCUUUGGGUCGCAGCUAUUGGCACGUUAUCCUAGGACGCGCUAUCAGUGGUGUUGGAAGUGCAGGCAAGAUUGUACUGACAUCUAUUAUCGUCGCUGAUCUCGUUCCCCUGAGACAAGUAGCACAUUACCGAGCCUAUGUCAACUUGACUGCCACGAGCGCAAGGUCAAUCGGAGGCCCAAUCGGCGGAUUGCUCGCUGGUACUGUUGGCUGGCGCUGGUGCUUUCUGGUGCAGCUCCCUGUGGCUUUGAUUGGUCUUGCUCUUGUACUUUGGAAGUUGCCAGAGCCCAAAAGAGCAGAGGGAAAGCUCACCACCAUGAACGAAAAUGAGUCGCAACGAACAAAACUUUCAAGGGUUGACUUCGCCGGCACUUUUGCCUUGAUUGGAACCGUGCUCACAGGUCUUCUUGCACUUGAUAUUUUCACGAAGGGAGGGCCUCGAUUGCUUGUUACAGGCUUGGCAAUUGCAUUUCCGGUUUUUGCUACAACAUUUACCGUUGUUGAAAAGUACUAUGCCAAAGAGCCAAUUUUGCCACUACAGUUGAUCGGUAAAAGAGAUGUUCUGACCUCCUAUACGAUCAUCGGAUUUCAAUCAGCUGGCCAGUUCGGACUCCUCUACGCAAUCCCUAUUUACUUUCAGGUCGUAGGAGGUGAAUCAGUCUCAACUUCUGGCAUCCGCAUUGCCCCGGUCGUUGUUGGCAAUGCGUUGGGAACAGUCCUCAGUGGAAAGCUGAUCACUCGCUUCAAGAGGUACAAAACUCUCACCGCAGUGGGAAAUGCGAUUGGUUUUCUUGGCUUCCUUCUUUUAUUUAUGACAUGGCGCGGCAACACCAGCUGGUACACUUCCCUCUUGGUGGCUUUGCCAGGUGCAGGAAUGGGAAUUCUGCAAUCGACCACAUUCUUGCACUUCGCCGCGAGCUUGGAUCCUUCAGACAUUGCCAUAGCAGGAUCGGCUUGGUUCCUAGCACAGAAUGUCGGCGUCUUGUUAGGGGCCAGCAUGUCUACCACUGUGAUCAACAGCGUCGUCCAGAAUUACCUACAAGUGUCUCUGGAUGGCUUUGAUGCAAGGGAAGAAAUUAUUCGAAAAGUCACAUCUAAUGUUGACAACCUACGGCACUUUUCGGAACCGAUUCGGAAAAUCGUGAUUGAGGCAUACAUCAAGGGCCUGUGUAGCUCAAAUGGUUGGUUAUUUGUUCUAUGA